AUGGAGGCUCUAGACAUCAUCACAAGAGCACUCUGUUUAAAGGAAAAAUGCCACCGCGAGACCGGUUCGUUUUUCUUUUCUCUCCCAAAUCCCUUCGCGAGCAUUCUCCACUGCGCUCUCCUCCUCCCGAGCCGUCUCUGCCGCCGCCGCCCACGCCCCCCUGCUGCGCCGUCGCCCGCCGGCAGACAUGGGAGCAGUAGGCUCUCCGGGAUAAAGGCCGCCUCCGCCGUGCUGUUUUGCGGCGCCCCCGCCGCGAAAUCGUCCUCCAAGCGCCGCUGCCCCAAGCCCCCGCCACAGAUUCGACUCCCGCCGCCGCCGCCCCAAGCCCCCGCCACGGAUUCGUCCCCCAACCGGCGCCGCCCCCGCCACGGAUUCAUCUCUCCGUUUCUCCUCCGACGUUGCUGGUUCUGUCUCUCCGUUUCUCCUCUGACGCUGCUGGUUCUCUCUCCGUUUCUCCUCCGACGGCCACUGAACCAAGUGGAAAAGGGAAAAUGCGGAGAAGCAACUUGGGACUCAGUAGCCCAUACACUUUUUUUGGAUGUGUGUAUUGAGAAAGUGCGGGCAAAUAACCGUCCUACGGGUUGUUUGAACACGAUUGGGUACGCCAAUUUGAUUUCCAAGUUCAAUGCGUGUACAAAGAGGAAGUAUGAGCGGAAACAAUUUAAGAACAGAUGGGAAUCACUAAAGAAGGACUAUAAUUAUUGGAAGACACUGAAUCAGCGUGCUUCCGGUCUAGGUAGAGAUCCUAUCACCAAGACCAUUGCUGCUAGUGAUGAUUGGUGGGAGCUUGAGAUACAGAGAUGCCCAGAUUCAGCCAAGUUUAGGCAUGCUCCUCUUACGGAUUGGAAAAAAUGAGAGAGAUUUUUGAUCUUCAUAGUGUCACCAAUGAGCAUGCGAGAGUGCCUACUCCAUCACAUGUCAACUUGGAUGUUGAAGGUGACUCAGGUUGUGAAUUGGAAGAUGAAAGUACCCCCGUUCAGCCCCGUCUCAAGAAACUGAAGAAAAAACUGUGUCCUUACUCCCCUGGUCCCACCGCUGCCGCAAAGAUUGCAACGUAGAGUUCUUCCAAGAUGGCAUUGGAAUGCAUGAUGGAGAUAUUUGAGACGAGGGAGAAUAGCAGAAACUCCGUUACAUCUCAAGUGACGGUUGAUCCAGUGAGGCAGGAGCUGAAAGAAAUGAUGGCUCUGGUGGUUCAAGAUGGAGUUGAGCCUUGGACUGAUGCACACUUCUAUGCAUCACAACUCUUCAUGAAGAAAGAGUAUCGCGAUGCAUUCAGCUGCAUGGAAGAGGCAAAACCUGAAGUGAGGAUUGAAUGGCUCAAGAGAAGAUGGGAGGAGAGGAAGAAUAAUAAUUAGUUUUCCUUAUUUGUGUUGAACCUUAUGCAUUCAUAUUUCCUUAUUUGUGUUGAACCUAUGCAUUCAGAUUUCCUUAUUUGCAUUGAACCUUAUUAACUCUCGACUUGUGAGACUUGUACUAUUUGCUGUGUAUGGACCUGCUAUCUAUGGAUCUGCUAUGUAUGGACUUGUUGUGUGUGUUGCAAUGGAUCUUGUUUGAGUCA